AUGCUGAAUCCCAAGUACGACGUCCUCGAUGUGAGGUACAGCGACGGCAGCCCUGCCGUCCUGCGGCACGUCGACGGCACCGGUUGUGCCUACUACGCUUCGGGCCGGCGUGCGAUCUGCGUCUCCGCCUGCGGCCUGAACGCCCUGGGCGAGGCCCGGCGGUUCAGCGCCGUCGUGCACGGCGACACGCCGAAGUGCCCCCUGCUCGGCGUCAUCGACGAGUGGGGCCGUGGCUACCUCGACGGGCUGCAGGGCCCGCAGGAGAGGCAGCCGCCGAAGGUGCUGCUCACCGACCAGGGGAUCACGCUGAUCGAUGGCAACGGCGUCGCGAAGGAGAUACCCGGCGGCGGCGGUGCAGGCGCCACUCCUGGAGCCGCAACGGCGCCCGAGACGGCGUUCAAGGUGGCGGAGGCCAUCAUGCUGAGGCACGUCCUCGGGCGCACAACGCUGGACUUCCAGUCCAAAGGGGUCAGCCAUACCUUCGCGCUGGGGGAGCUGCGUUGCCAGGACGUCCCGGGCCUGUCGCUCAGGGGUUCGGCCAGCCUGCCCGAGAACAAGGACCUGCAGGCGACGAAGAAGCUGCUGGCUGGUGUUCAAGAGAGGGUGAAGGCGAUCAAGGUCGAGACGGGCCAGAAGGACAGAAAGCCUCCCUUCACGCUGGAUACCAGCAAUCUGCAGGAGGUGCUGGACAAUCUGGCGACCCUGCCGCAGAAGCUCCACCGAGAGCCGAUGGCGCCCGUGAACCUGGAGUGGCGCACAGAGCUGAGGCUCAGGGAGCUCCUGUCCGAGGCGCACCCGCAGUGCCCCGGCAUCAAGGACCAGCACAACUGGACCAUCCACCGGGUGGGCGGCCGCGCGAGCCUGGAGAGGCUCGAGAAGGUGAAGCCGACGGUGCAGACGCCGAAGACCAUCCCGCUGGUCAAGGGCGAGAAGCUCCAGGAGCUGAUCGACGACUGCGCCGCCAAGGGCACCCUCCUGGUGGUGGUCUGCACCGCGACCUGGGCCCGCGAGCAGAGCGGCCACGCCCAGCUGCUGGCGGAGAAGGUGCACGCCGAGCUCCUGCGCAGGAUGGCCGAGUCGCAGCGCUGCCCGCGCUUCGCCGCCCUGGAGCUCACCGACGGUGGCGGGGCCGUGGCGCGGUACAACGUCAAGGAGGUGCCCCAUUGCUUGAUGUUCCAGGGCGGCUCGCUGGUGCACUCGAAGCGGAUGCGCGGCACAAAGGACCUCCGCGACGUGCGCGACGCAGAGCUCACGCGGCCUAGGGCGCUGCUUGUGGAGCCCAGUCCGGCGCAGCAGCUGAAGCUGGAGCGCUCUGUGCGACGGGCAGGAUGCAGCUCCGACCUCGCCUUCGAUGCGCCCCACGCGCUCCGGCUCGCCUCGCAGCAGGCCUACGGCGUGCUGUUUUUUUCCGCGCAGCUGGCCCCGGAGCAGCUGAAGAGUGUGGCGGCGGAGGUGCGGCACCGCACGCCUCACGCGGUGCUCUUGGCGUACAACGCGGCGCUGCGGGCCCCGGAGAGCCAGCACCCUACGCAGAGGAAGGAGCUUCUGGAGGACUGCUCGGACACGUUCCCGUUCGUGCCGAGCUACACGAGCUUGGCAGCGGUGCUGGCGCGCUACGGGCCCGGAGGCGCUCCGAAGGAGGCCUGCAGCCCUGGCGCCACGGCAGGCCACGCGAAGGACUUCCUCGACGAGGUGCUCGGCGUCCUGGACGGCAAGAGCAGCAGGUGA